CCAAGUGAAGGGGGGCUGACGGGAUGUUAUGUUGGCAGCAUAGCGAGUGGGGGCGGCGAAUCGGACCUGGGUUUAGCCCAGUUCGCCACCAGGCUACAGCCAUUGCGUUUCGCCCCUUUUUCCAGCCCUUGUAAACAAGUUGAAAGUUGGACGUUUUUGGGCUGAAAAUUCCAACGAUUUUGGCCGGUAGUAUUUUAAACCCGACGCCAGAACGGUUUACCCUCAACCAAGUAAACUUGACACUGGUCCAAAGACGGAUUUAGACUAUUCGUAUAUGGAUAGUGUAUUGAUUUUUUUUCCCAGCUACUGAUAUUACAAAUGAUUUCUGACUUCAUAUCCUCAACAAAAGAUGAAUAGAUUUUGACAGGAAGAGAGCAUUAAAACAGCAGAUAUUACACCGAUGCCAUAUUGCCUUUAUGCCAGUGUUUGUACGAAUAGCACAAUAGAAAACAUCUGAUUCUACUACAACAAGGAAAAUGUUGUGACGAAGGACUGAACCAUGUUGAUAAAAGAGUACAGAAUUCCUCUUCCACUUACAGUGGAAGAAUAUCGCAUUGCCCAAUUGUAUAUGAUAGCAAAAAAAAGCAGAGAAGAAAGUAAAGGAGCUGGAAGUGGAAUAGAAAUUUUAGUCAACGAACCUUACUCAAAUGGACCAGGGGGCAAUGGCCAGUACACACAUAAAAGAUAUCAUGUUGGCAGUCACUUACCUGGAUGGCUCAAAAGCCUGCUGCCAAAGUCUGCGCUUAGCGUCGAAGAAGAGGCUUGGAAUGCAUAUCCCUACACUAAAACAAGAUACACGUGUCCAUUUGUUGAGAAAUUGCUACUUGAAAUCGAGACUUACUAUUUCGCUGACAAUGGACACCAGGAAAAUGUGUUCAGUUUAACUGGAAGCGACCUUCGCAACAGGAUAGUUGAUGUCAUUGAUGUCGUCAAAGAUCAACUCCAAGGUGGAGAUUAUGUCAGAGAAGAAGAUCCAACAGUUUACGUGUCUCAGAAAACUGGCAGAGGGCCGUUACAAGAAACCUGGCUUCAAGAUUAUUGGAAUGAAUGCAAGGGAAAGGAUAUGCCUUUACCUAAUGGAAAAUCUAUAAUGUGUGCAUAUAAAUUAUGUAAAGUGGAGUUUAGAUACUGGGGUAUGCAAACAAAGUUGGAAAGAUUUAUUCACGACGUUGCACUUAGGAAAACCAUGCUACGUGCUCAUCGUCAAGCAUGGGCGUGGCAGGAUGAAUGGCAUGGACUUACAAUGGAUGAUAUAAGACAGAUAGAAAGACAGACACAAGAAGCGCUUAAAAUGACAAUGGCAGGUGGGAGCGAAAGCAGCGGAGAAGAUGGGACUAUAUCGGCAGGAGACAGUGGGAGCAAUACCCUUGCAGCCAAUCUUGGGAGUAUUGAAAAACCUGAGGGUGAUUCUGCCAGUCCACUAGCCAAGCAUCGUGUUAUGUCUGAAUCAGAGACUCGCGCUGAAGUCAGCCCUGAUGUUUCUCCAAAACUGAACCAAAGGGCUAGCGAUGAAAGAAAAAGGCUUUGGAGCAAUUCAAAGAACAGUCUACCAUCUCCUACAUCUUCACAGAGGUUUGAACUUGCUGCUGCCAGUUGGAGGAUGGAAAGUAUUGUCAGAGAUUCUGAUUCACCGAGUGAAGAGGACGAUGAAUUUUUUGAUUGUCAAGAAGAGUCUAUGUCCCUAGCUACAUGGACAUCCUUGGAGGUCCUAAAUGAAGAAGAUUUGGAUUCUUCCCCUCCUGUUAUUGUUGAGACUCAUGAUGACAGCAUUUUCUCACAACGUUACCUCAAAUCUUCUAUGUCAGAAAGAGGUAGAAGCAUAGACACUAUUUACCCAGGAUCUCCAACCUUGUCAAUAUCAACUGUUAAUCAAGGAAGAGAAUCUCCAAUUACAAUCCUAAUGCUCGUCCUUCAUGCUGGGAGUGUUUUAGAUGCAAAUAUUGAACUGACAGCCAAGAAAUCAGAUUCAACAACAUUCAGAGGUGGUUUAGAAGCUGUCAUGAGAUCCCAUUAUGCAAAUAUGAUUGGGCAUGUUGCUGUAAGACUUGUAUCGUGUCCGGCACUUUGCACCGAUACCUUAAGUAUCCUUUCAGGGCUGAGCCCUUAUAGCUUUGACGUUUCACCUAGCCUUUGCGAUACAACUCACGUCACAAACGACUCGGUGCCCCUUGGCUCGAUACCGAUAAUGUCGACUUGCACCCCGGAGUACAGCGAUGCAGUCACAAAGACGGUCCAGACAGCAAACACGGCUUACCUUGAUUUCAUAAGAUCUGAAGAAGGAAGUGGUUUCUGUGGACAAGUUGUACUAAUUGGAGAUUCGAUGGGUUCCAUUCUUGCUUUUGAUGCACUCUGCAGGUCAGGGGAAGGGAAGAUGGAAAACGAAGAAAAUGAAAAUAUAGAAGUGACAGUAGAUGGGAAACAUUUGGUCGCUCCAAUUCCAAGAAGAAGAUCAUCAUCAACAAGUGAACAUAGCCAUUUGCCUCGAUUGGAAUUUGAAGUGAGUGAAUUAUUCAUGUUUGGAAGUCCCCUUGCGCUUGUAUUGGCUUAUAGGAAAAUAUCCACUGAUGACAAAACAAGUUCAAUUCCACGGCCUGCUUGUGGGCAAGUUUAUAAUUUAUUCCACCCGACGGACCCAGCAGCAGCGAGACUGGAACCCCUGAUCUCAGCUAGGUUCUCAAUGAUCCCCCCUGUGAACAUCCCAAGGUUUCAGAAGUAUCCUCUGGGCAAUGGCCAGCCAUAUCAUCUUUUGGAAAUUGUACAAAGCAACCCACAAAUCUUCACGGAUAACUUAUCAGUCGGUGGGCCUUCAAGUAUAUCCCACCUACGGAGGUUGUCCGAAGUCAGCAUUCAGAGCACUAUUUCUGGAGUGGUCGAUUCAUUGCCUCUACACACAAUAAAUGCUUUAACACAAAAAUGGUGGGGAACCAAGAGAUUAGACUACGCUUUAUAUUGUCCUGAAGGCCUAGCCAAUUUUCCAACAAACGCUUUGCCCCAUCUCUUUCACGCUAGCUACUGGGAGUCUUCGGACGUCAUUGCUUUCAUCCUGAGACAGGUCGGUCGGUUUGAGUUCGGUGGCCCGAUUGGAGCUGAGGAGAAAGACAUCUCAGGAUUUCACCCAAGCCAGCCUAGAGAAAAAUGGAUCCGCAAACGCACCUCUGUCAAGCUCAAGAAUGUUACUUCAAAUCAUCGAGCAAAUGAUGUUAUAGUAAAAGAAGGAGCAAAACAGUCUAUGACUGCACGUUUUAUGUAUGGCCCCUUCGAUAUGAUUACACUUGCAGGUGAGAAAGUUGACAUUCAUGUCAUGAAUGAUUCAACAACUGGAGAAUGGACGCUUUUGAGUACUGAAGUCACUGACAAAACUGGACGUAUUACAUACACUAUACCUGAUAAUAAAGCACUUGGCUAUGGUGUUUAUCCAGUAAAAAUGGUUGUGAGGGGUGAUCAUACUCAUGUCGACUUUUCCCUAGCAGUUGUGCCACCUAAGACUGAGUGUGUUGUUUUUAGCAUUGACGGCUCAUUUACCGCGAGUGUUUCUGUUACUGGAAGAGACCCAAAAGUCAGAGCAGGUGCAGUUGACGUUGCAAGACAUUGGCAAGAGCUUGGCUUUUUAAUAAUAUAUAUAACUGGAAGGCCUGAUAUGCAACAGGCAAAGGUGCUCGCUUGGUUGUCACAACAUAACUUUCCACAUGGCCUCGUUUCAUUUGCCGAUGGUCUUUCGACAGACCCACUUGGACACAAGGCUGUUUAUCUGAAAUCACUUAUCCAAGAACAUCAAGUGAUUAUCCAUGCAGCCUAUGGGAGUAGCAAGGACAUUUCUGUCUAUAGCUCGAUCGGACUGCGACCUCAACAGAUCUUCAUUGUCGGCAAAGUGUCAAAAAAACACCACAUUCAAGCAACGGUGCUGAGCGACGGGUAUGCAGCCCAUCUGGCAUCCUUAAUGUCGCACGGCGGAUCAAGACCGGCACAAGGAAAUGCCCGAAUGGUCCUUAUACCACGGACCGGAUUUGGUCACAGUGCUUCAAUAAGAAGAAGAAGAUCUGCCAAAAGGACGACAUCAUUCCCUUUAUCUCCUCUUCCUACUGCUACAAUAGGAAAGGAUAGGAAACACGAAAAACUGUGACGUUGGUCUUUAUUUUGGGUUGAUAAAAAGAGUAAGGAUUGAAAUAUGAAUUUUGAUUGUAGCGUAAAAUAAUUUUAACAGGCGUUUGUUGUCAAAUGUGUUUCGCCAUCUUGUGUUAUUGGACUUAUAAGGGGAAUUUUUUAAUUGUCAAUAUCACAUUUGUUUCUAUACUCUCAUGUUUGAUAUCAAUUGCUUUUAAAUGUAAUUUGGCCAAAGAUCAAGACUCAAUAGAUUUUUUACAAUAAAUAUCUUCAUAUAUUUUUCAUAUUUUAGUGGGUUUUUUUUUAUAACAACUUUGUUCCUACACAUAUUGGACAUUUUUAUUUUAAUAAAAUUGAAAUUAUAGUUUUAUUUAGACUAGUAGGUUGUCCAUCCAUGUCUUAGUUUUACUGAAUAAACAGUUUGUCUCUUAUUCUGUAAAUUUUUCAAAUAGUUCUUACAAAUAUUCAUAUAAAUUAUCAUUAAUUGCUAAAUUUAAAAAACUAACAAAUGAUUUUGCCUAUGUGAAUAUUUACCAACUGUUUUUCUUGCAACAGGGUAUUUUCGGAGUUGAUUUCGUUUAUUCAAAAUAAAUAUUAUGUAACUUUUCUGAAAUGAAGGGAUGGUCGGCUUUUUGUAAAUAUUUUCUAUAUUACUGUAAUGAUGUAACAAAUUUUUUUAAAAAUUGAUUUAUAUUCAAAAUUUUAUAAAAAGUUGGUGCCACCUCUGAAUUUGUAUUUCAGCAUAUGAAAAUUGACUUAUCCGAAGCAUGAUUAAAUAACACUUUUGUACAAAAUUAUCUUUUCACAUAAGAACGUGUCCAGAAUUUCUAAUGAAUAGUGGAUAUUUUUAUUCAGAAAUAUUAAAUUAACAAAACAAAAGGUGUCAGUUCAUAAUUAUAAAUUUAGACUGUAUUCCUGAUAAUUAAAAUAAUGUAGUAGCUAAGAAAUGGGUGUCAGAGCCCACAGUAGGCAAAUAUCUAUGAGUAGUUAAAUAUUUUCAAGCCUAGCCUCAGAUGUUCCAAAAAUGAGAUAAUUGAUGUAAUUUUAAUAUAGAUAUGAUAGCUAUUGUAUUUUCAUAUGAAGCUAUGAUGUGAUAGUUUUAUUUAAUUAAAAAUACCCAAAAAAAAUACUUUUUCAGUUUCAAACUAAAAAUUUCAAUUAAUCAGUUAAGUUGUGUUCGAAGCAAUAUUUUUCCUAUUUAUACUUUUGAUUUUUAUUUGAAUGAAGAAUGUAUAGUUAAGUUAUAUUCAUUGAUAAAUUGUCAAUUUUAGGUGAACGUUGUUUAGCGAAUUGUUUGUUGUUGAAUAUUGUUGUUACAAAAUCGGGUUUUCUAUGUUUGAAAAAUGUUAAAUGCAAACAAAUUUUUACGUUGUCAAUCUCUUAAAAAAAAAACUCAGUAUUAAUGCAUGGCUGUAGUUAAAAAAUGUAUUGUGUUGUUUCAAUUCCAACUAGAAAAUAUUAAACUAGUAAACAAGGUGACCAUUAUAGAUAUUUCUAAAGAAACUGAGUAAAUUUUCCAUUCCUGUUGUAAAUAUAUUACGAGAAUAAGAAAGAGACAUCUGUUAUAUCACUGAUACUUUCAGAACAAAGAAACUAAGAUUGCAUUAAUUAACGGCCAAGAAAAUCUAGUGCCUAAACAUUUUUUUACAUAAGAUUGAUGCAUUUCAAAAUAUCAUUAUUUUUAGCAUUAUAUAAUAUAAAACAAAAAAUCUCAAUUAUAUAAGUUUGCAUUUCUGGAAUGUAAAAGAUGGAAAAUGUUUGUGGAACUGAAUUUUAACGAUAUUUCUUAUUUGGGUUAGAUAUUGUAUUAAUUUUUUUCAAUAAGAUUUAAACAUUUUUAAAAAAUCCAUUUGUUUGAAUUUUAAAAG